AUGGAUUUAAGGAGUUUAGGACAAACAGAGAAACAAUACAAUGGACGGGAACCUUCAGCACCACCUUCUGAAAUUGGUAGCCUUGUUGACCCCUCUGCACUCAAGGAACUUACGCCGACUGGCCAGCAUUUGGACUUUAGGGGUUUAGGACUAAUAGAUAAAGCUUUUGUGCCACUAUUAGAGGAAAUCUGUUCAUGGUAUCCUUCGUUGAUUGCAUGCCAACAGAAGAGAAGUCGCAAAGUUAGCAAAUGUGCAUUCACAGCUUUUGGGGAACUCCUGCAUUUUCUGAAGACUACAACGGUGAAGGAUAUGACAGAGGAUAUCUGUGUACGCCUUCAAAGUUUAUGGGAGGAUGUUGAGAUCUUCAGAUUUGACUUGGCAUGGCUGGAACCUCAUGUUCAAUCCGCUUUGCGUAUGAAGAAGUUUCUGGAAAGGCAGGGAGACUGA